AAUGGAUGAGUUCAGGCUACUGAGGCCCCUCAGUGGAAAGGCAAUUAAAGAAAUAACAGGGAGUUUGAAAUCCCCAGCGUGCCAACCAGCAGCAUGUGAUGAGACUGUGACAACAUCCUCUGCAGCAAACAUGAACUUCAACGGCACCUGGAAAGUUUAUUCUGAGGAAAACCUUGAGGAGUUUCUCAAAGCCAUAGGUGCACCUCGAAUGAUUAUUAAAAUGCGUAAGGAAGUGAAACCGGUGAUCAUCAUAGAGCAGAACGGCAAAGACUUCACCUGCACCGUGAAGACUCCAGUCUGCACCAAAGUCCAUGCGUUCAGCCUUGGAAAGGAGGCAGAAAUAACAGCUGUGGAUGGAAGGAAGUUUAAGUGCAUUGUCAGAGAGGAGAACGGGAAGCUGAUAGCUGAAAAUGACAAGUUCACCUCAGUCAGAGAGAUUCAAGGGGAUGAAAUGAUCGAGACUAUCACUGCUGGCUCUAUAACCUUCACCAGCAGGAGCAAACGAGUCUGACCAGCCAGCUCAUUGACCCUCUCAGAAUUCCUCAUCUGAAGAUGAACGGAGUUAACUUAAAACUAAAUAAAUAAAGCUGAAGUUAAUAAA